AUGGUUGUUUUGACUUGGUUUGCUAUAUGUGCUACAACCAUGUGGAUUUUAAGUUAUUCUUUAGCAGUACUUUUAGCCCUUGGUGCAUGUGAUGCUGCAGCUGUUCAUGCAUAUAACCCUAGCAGCAGAAGAGGCCAUCUUGGAUCUAAUAAUCCUAUUCAGUCGAUGCAGGAAGUGAAACAAAGUCUCUAUGACUUUUAUGGCCUAACUGAUGUAACUGGACCAAUCAGCAAGGAUACAGUUAAGUGGGACUUUGAGACUGGAAGUUACAGAUCUCAGACUGGCUCCUCUGGCAAUCCCUUAAGUGAAAAACCAGGCUCCGAAUCGCAUACAACACAAGGAAUUAAUGUUGAUUCAACUGGAAGUGGUGGUGUUUAUGGUUCUCUGGGAAAUGCAGUGAGUAUGGGCAUGUCUGGGUAUGAUUCAAGUCGGUCAACUACUGUCCAAGGCUCUGAAGUCAUCAGUUCUUCGGUCUUGGCCCCAUCGCAGCAAAGCAGUUAUUCUGUUUCUAAGCCAAUGCAGGUAGUUUCCUCAAUUCCACUUCAAAUUGGCAGCGUGUCUGUGGCAAAGCCCAGCAGCCAACAGUUAGUGCAGAUUAUUUCCCAGUCCAGCAGUGAGCAACCAGCAAGUUCUGGAACCGUGGCCCAGUCUAACCCUCUGCAGUUAUCCCAGCCCAGUGGCCAACUAAUAUCUCAGACUAGCUUCCAGCCUGCAGUGCCAUCUGGUAGAUGGCCCCUUAAGCCUCUGAACGGUAAACAUCAAACUGGUUCCAGGCCAGUUCACAAUGAACCAGUAAGUUCUUCAAAACCUCCCAAAGCCUCACAACCUAGUUUAUCAAUAUUACAGUAUGGUAGUGUGCCAAGUAGCCUAGCUGGGGCUAAUUAUGAACUUGUGAGCCAGUCAGUGCAGUCCAGUGGCCAAACUGUGAAUCAACCAAGCAUCAUACAAACUCCCAAGGUCAUUGACAUCUCUGUGGUCCAGCCCAGUAGCCAGCAAAUUCCACAGGCAGUUGAUGCCUCUCUGGCCCAGGUCUCCAGCCAGCAGCUGUCGGGAAGCCAAUCAGUUUCCCAGUCAAAUAAUGUACAACCAGUAGAUGUAGGUUAUUUUGUUGCUCAGCCAGGUGGACCGACUCCACUCAAGCAUCACAAGGGUAAACAUCACUUUGGAUCUAAGCCUUCCAGUAAUAGUCCUCUCCAGACACUAAGAUUUACUUCUGUAGAUCAGUCCAGUAGCCAAAUACCGGUGCAAACCAGCUAUCACUACCAGUCUGGGCCCCGAUUUGUUGUUCAACAACCAGCACAAAAGGUCUACCAGUCUGCUAGCCAGCCCACUGUGCCACAACCAGUAGAAGUCAUCUACCAAUCAGAGGCCCAGUCUACUUCCCAACAGCCAGGACAAACAAGCUACCAGUUGGUGGCCGAGCCCGGUGUCCAACAGCCAGCACAGGUUAGCUCCUCUGUAGCCCGACCAAGCCAUCUGCAAGUUGGACAGUCCAACUACGAGUACGUUGUUAAUCAGAAUGGGCAAACCCUUUUCAAGCCACUUGACCCAAUUCCUGUGGAUCUUAACAUUCCCAGCCCCCUCACAUCUACUUUCAGACCAGCACAUCUGCCUAGACAUCCUAGGUUGCAGUCUGUAGUGCUUCAAAGUGAACAGCCAGUUGUGCUAGAGGUCCAACCAAGUGAUUUGUCUCUUGCCAACCCUGGACCAGGGAGUUAUACUUUUGUAGCUCCGCCCACUGGUCAUCUUUCAAGACCGUUACAGCAGCCUAGCUACCAGCCUCCAGCCAAGCUAUGGCAAGAUGUGUUUUGGCCCCUAGUCAAGCCUAACGAACUGGAGUAUUCCAGCUUUGAAGCACAAGUUGUUCCCAACCAUGUGUCAUUUCCUGUACAGUUUGUUUCCCAGCCUCAAAUGCUCCCCGUUAGUCUGUCUGUCACUCAGUCCAGCUCUUCCCCGGUUGUGCCUGUGCAGUCCAGCUACCUGCCUCAGGUAGUGUCAAGUUAUGAAACAGUCUUCCAGCCUGUAUUGCAGACCUCUUCAGUGGUGGCGCCAUCAAGUUCCCAAACCUGGAGCACCCCAAUGGUUUCAAACUACGAGUCUGUGUUGCAGUCAGUGCAACCUGAACUUCGAAUUCCAACACGGGUGAAUUAUCAGACUGUCACAAAUCAAAAUGCUCCUGGACCUGCUGGAAGCAAUAGGCAUUCAUCACGGAAGCUGCUUAAGCUUUUGCAACAAGUCAAGUCCUAGGUGUUUGUUUGCAGUUUCCUGAUUUGUUUACUUGCUGAUGUGAAUAAAUUAUUGGAAAUGUC